AUGAGGCGUGGGGAAGGCCCAAAGGUGGAGUUACGGUUCCUUAUAUCCACCAAAGCAGCAGGUGUUAUAAUAGGCAAAGGGGGUGAAAAUAUUAAAAAGAUUCGUGAGGAGUACUCCGUUAAAGUUACCAUUCCCGAUAGCAACGGUCCUGAGAGGGUCCUGGUUUUGGAUGGUGAUCUCGGAUCAAUCGUCGAAAUAUUCAGAGAAAAUCUUGAAAAGAUGCAAAAUAGUCGGGAGGAUGGUGUUGACCUGCGCCUACUUGUGCACCACAGUCAAGCUGGAUGUGUUAUUGGAAGAGGCGGUUAUAAAAUAAAAGAACUCCGCGAACAAUCAGGUCUUCAUACCCUCAAAGUAUAUCAAAUGCUGUGCCCUUGUUCGACUGACAGAGUAAUCCAGUUAGUUGGAGAUGUGGGGAAAGUCAUAAAUUGUUUGCAAUCUAUAGCUGAACUCCUAGAAGGUGCUCCGCCUAAAGGAUCUCGUCAGAAUUACGAUGCACGGAAUGUAGAUGAAACUACCUCUCCCGAGUAUGGAGGUUGGGGUUUAAACAGCCAAGGCUCUGGUCUUAAUCUUGUUCGUAGUAGAAAUGUCGCCAACGCGAACUACACCCAAAACAAUAUACUCGCAACCGGAAUUUUCGGUGGUGGUGCUUCUGGAGCACAUGUUGCUGGACGCGGUGGUGGACAGGCAGCCUCUGUUAAUCAAGCACUAACUGGAGGUCUCCCUCACGCAUCAGCUGCCGCGAUGCUUGCUGCAACCGGUGGUCAAACAGCAGGCGGACCAAACGCAGGUCCCGGAGGAGACGCUGCUGCAACUGCUGCAGCCAUGGUGGCUGCAGGGUUUAUGAGAGGCUUACCCAACCGCAUGGCAAUGAGUAUUUUGACUCCGACUACAAGUACUCAGGUUUCUGUUAGCAACAAGAUGAUUGGUGCCAUCAUGGGUCGAUCUGGUUGUCGCAUAAACCAAGUUCGUCAUGAGUCAAAUGCCGAUAUAAAAAUAAGUAAACAAGAACCCGGUGUUGAAGAUCGUAUAAUUACGAUUACGGGCACUCCUGAACAAAUCCAAAACGCUCAGUUCCUUCUCCAGAUGUGCGUUAAACGAUAUGGUGAUCAAAUGUGA